UACAAUAAAAUUUAAACUCUACUAUAUUGUUGUUUUAAAAAAGAGUAAUAAAAUGAAGGUUUUCUGUUUGAUAUUACUGAUUGCAUAUGUGGAAAUAUCUGUAGCAGCUGGGACGUCUAAGAGUGAAAAAUGUUCAAAAUGUGGGUUGAAUGAAGGUAUUGUUAAUUCGUCUAUAUGUUCUGUUUGUCUUUAUUAUGAAAUAUACGAUCAACCUUCUGAAGUGGAAAUAUCUGCAGCAGCUGGGACGUCUAAAAGUAAGAUGUGUUCAAAAUGUACGAAGAAUGAAGCUUUUGAGGAUUAUUCUAUGUGUGUUAAAUGUUAUAUUGAAGAGCUAAACGGUACUUCACAACCAUCCAAAAAGAUGUGUUCAAAAUGUACGAAGAAUGAAGCUUUUGAGGAUUAUUCUAUGUGUGUUAAAUGUUAUAUUGAAGAGCUAAACGGUACUUCACAACCAUCCAAAAAGAUGUGUUCAAAAUGUACGAUGAAUGAAGCUAUUGAGGAUUUUUCUAUGUGUGUUAAAUGUCGUUAUGAUGAGCUAUACGGUUCUUUCAAACCUUCCAAAAUGGAUAUAUCUGCAGCAGCUGGGACGUCUAAUAAUAUGGACAUACCGGGCACAGCUGGAAAUUCUAACUAUAAUUUUUGUUCACAAUGUAUGUAUCGACCAGCGUUGGACGAUUGCCAUUUGUGUGCUACUUGUAUAGGUCAGAAUUUCGAUGCUGAAAAUUCCAAAAAUUUGACGCAAAGCUGUGAAGAUAUUAAUUUUGUUAUGUGUUUUUUUUCUCUUUUGUUCAUCUGUGGCUACAUUAAUCUAGCUCCUUCUUAACUUCAAUUAUACGUCAAAAUUAGUCGAUAAGCAAUCUGAUAUU